UAUAUAGCAACAUAAAAACGGAAAGACGAAUUAUUGCGUCAAGUUCCACUCUAUAUCCAUCGUCAACAGUGAAGUGCGAAUACUCAGCAACUGGAGCUGGGGAACCUUGUCUCUACUCGCUCUCGUCCCCGCCGGAGAUCCACCAUGGCCGGCAACCCCGCCACCACUUCCUCCUCCGCAUUAUCUCCCGAGAAAUUUAAUUUCAAUUUCUCCCCCGAUAACCCCUCCCGAAUCACCCUCACUUCGGAUCAGGUCAACCACUGCACCCAAGCCCUCAACAUUCUGAAGGAGAAGCUCCACGCUCCUAACGUGAUCACUCAGGAGUUUGCACACUUGCAGGCGAACAGGAUAACGCCGAGCGAGAUGAGGAGAAGAUGCACCGUCGCGUAUGACGACGUCAAUUUGAGGAAAAACCGAUACACCGACGUUCUGCCAUUUGACAAGAACAGGGUUGUUCUCAAAUCUAGUACUGAUUAUAGACCUGAAGCACAGGGGUAUAUCAAUGCAAGCCUUGUCUCGACCUCCUCAGCUGGAAACGUGUCCCAGUUUAUAGCCACGCAAGGUCCACUUCAACAUACUUACGAGGAUUUCUGGGAAAUGAUCAUCCAAUAUCACUGCCCUGCAAUUAUCAUGCUUACUAGAUUGGUGGAUAAUUACAAGAUGGCAAAAUGUGGAGAUUAUUUUCAAGCUGAGGAUAGGCCUAGAGAAGUUGGUAAUAUUUCUAUUAUUGGUAAAUGGGAGAACACGACUGAAACUUCACUCGUGCUGCGCCAUUUGGAGGUGAACCAUAGAGAGGUAGAAGAUGCGCCAUUAUCUGUUUUGCAUAUUCAGUAUCCUGAAUGGCCUGACCAUGGAGUUCCCAAAGAUACAUUUGCUGUGCGUGAAAUUUUGAAAAGAUUAUACCAUUUACCACCAAACUUUGGUCCAAUAGUGGUGCACUGCAGUGCAGGUAUUGGUAGAACUGGAACAUACUGCACAAUUCACAACACAAUUCAGAGAAUAGUUGCUGGUGAUAUGUCUGCUGUAGAUAUUGCUAAGACAAUAGCUAUGUUCAGGUCCCAGCGUAUUGGAAUGGUUCAGACCCAGGAUCAGUACAUUUUCUGCUAUAACGCUAUCAUAGAUGAACUGGAAGACCUUGUAUCUCAGCAGCAGUCGGAGUAGAAGGUGCUGGAACUUGGAAGGAUGUUGAAGCUGCUUGCCUCAUUUUGAAGCUAACUAUCAAUUCUUCGAACGUUUUUAUGUUCCUGCAAUGCUCAUGUUUUCCAGCAGCUGAAGUCUGAAACAUUAGCAUCUGGGAGAUUUUAUGAAUUUCACCGAAUUCUGUUAUUCUCAUGCUUUUUUGUAUAAUUGCAGGCAGGGAAAGCUGACAAAUAUUAACAUCCUUUUGAUUAUAUUGUUAGAAUUCUAUUGGGGAACAGAAUGGCAUAAUGACUACAAUAAUGCAUUGUCCCUCCUAUUGCUAUUUUUCAUUUUCUAAA